GUCUCUGAUUGGCUGUGACCCGCUCCUCCCGCCUCCUCCGUUAACCGGGCGGAUCUGAGCGUCAUCGUACGGAAUGACGUAGGCGGCCAGCAGUUGGUGUGAUGGCGGCGCAGCGGGGCGGCGGUCCCGGUUCUUCUCGGCCCACGGCGGCUGCGGACCACUCGGUGCUGGUGGUGGUGGGCGCGCUGCGGCCCGGCGGGCUGCUGGAACUCGUCCUGCGGCAGAUAGAAGCAGGUGUGCGCUGCUGGCAGGUGGAUCUGGACCUUCCGGUUCUGGACCAGCAGCUGAAGCUCUUCGUGUCGAGACACUCGGCUUUCCUGUCUGAAGACGUCCGAGGUCAGCGGACUCUCCAGCACCGGGGAGAGGUUCUGGACACCCAGGUUGUGGUGAACCCAGACCGCAGCUUCGUCUGCUCAGAGGUCCAGCGGCUGGUCUGCGACCCGUCUCGACACAAACUGCUGGUUCUGGCCGGUCAGUGCGUGGAGGGCAGCGGAGACCUCGUCCUGCAGCAGGGCUGCUUCUCCCUCAGAGACUUGUUGGCCAUCUUUGCUGAUGAAGAGGUGGGGGAGCUGCUGAGUUCGGCCGACCCGGUUCUGCAGGCCCGGCUCACGCUCAGCUGUCCGGACCUGGGUCUUUGGAAGGACGCGGAGCUGCAGAACCUGCAGCGGUUCCUGAGCCUGCGGGUCAACCCGGGCCCCGUGCUGCCGCAGAUGGAGGGCCUCCAGGAGUUCACGGAGUACCUGUCUGAGUCCCUGGAGCCCGAGUCGCCCUUCGCCCUGCUGGAGCCGCCCGGUACCGUGGGCUUCCUGAAGCUGGCCCGGCCCUGCUGCUACGUCUUCCCCGGGGGGCGGGGCGACGCCGCCUUCUUCGCCGUCAACGGGUUUAACGUCCUGGUGAACGGCGGCUCGGACCCCCGCGCCUGCUUCUGGAAGCUGGUGCGCCACCUGGACCGGGUCGACUCGGUGCUGCUGACCCACCUGGGCGCAGACAACCUGCCGGGCCUGAACAGCCUGCUGCUGAGGAAAGUGGCCGAGCAGGAGCAGCGGGCGGCUGGACCGCGCCCCGAGGAGGACGCCAUGAAGAACCUGGUGUCCCCGGAGAUGGGAGUGGUCUUCCUCAACGCUCCCGACAGGCUGGCGUCCAUGGAGGCGGACCUCAGCCUGCUGCGCAGCUGUGACCAGGCGGCGUGCGUCCUGCUCAGCCUGCAGAAGCUGGCCAUAAGGCCCCGGCCUCUGAGCAGGCCCACCGGACCCGCCGUAGAACCCGUGAUCCUCUUCCAGAAGAUGGGCGUGGGCCGUCUGGAGCUGUACGUCCUGAACCCGGUGCGAGGCAGCAAGGAGCUGGAGGCGCUGCUGCAGCUCUGGCCCGACGGCGCCAGGAGCGGCGCUCUUCCUCUCACCUGCCUGGUGUCCAUCUGUGCCUUGCUGGUCUGGCAUCCCUCCGGCCCCCAGGAGAAGAUCAUUCGGGUUCUCUUCCCCGGGUGCACGCCCCAGACCAAGAUCCUGGACGGCCUGGAAAAGCUCCAACAUCUGGACUUCCUCAGGCAGCCAGGCGUUUGUCUGGAGGAGCUCGAAGCGUCCAAGACCCGCAAGCCUCUGAAGCGCGAGGAGAGCCGGGAGAGUCUGCAGCCCAGAGAGCAGAGACCCAGCAGCGCCUUACAAAAAGACAAACGGGCCGAAGCGCGUAAGCCGGAGCCCAAGACAAAGAGCAAGGCAGCGGGGGACGCCCCGCCCAAAGACGCAGAGGAAAAGACCAAAGUAAAGGACGUCGAUCCGAAAUCCAAGCCGGCCAAAGCUGCAGAGAAACUCAAUCCAAAGAAGGACGGGUCAAAGGAGGACAGGAAGGAGGUGAAGAAGGACGAGAAGGUGUCUGCUGGGAAGAAGGAGGAGCUCACAGAGAAGAAGACAGACGCUGCAAAGAAGGACAUUCAGAGUCUGAGGACCAAGAAAGAGGCUAAAGCAGAACCAAAGAAAGACGCCAAGAAGGAGGGAAAGAGCGAGGAGAAGAAAGCAGCAAAGUUACCGAUUAAAGAAUUAAAGAAAGCCGGAGGAACAACUUCCUCAGCUCCAGACCAAAGGAAAGCUUCAGGGAGACCCGGCAGUGUAAAGAAGGACGGGACGCUUCCCAAGAGAAACUCUUUCAACAAGGAACCAAAAGGGAAGACGGGUUCCAAGAUGGCGGCGCCUGCAGACCGGACAGGUGAGCCUGGCACACCUGGUCUGGAAGACGCCAACGGAAACCAGGAGCCUACGGAGAAGCAGGUGUCAGAGAGUCCGGAGAGGUUCCGCUGCGUGGAGGCCGACCAGGAUCGGGUCAGAACCGCCUCACGUCUCAGGAAGUCGCCCAAAGCAGAGCUGAGUGUAAACUUUGACCUCACCCCCGAGCCUUGGCCCGGAGGGGGGGGCGAGGAGAAGAGCCUGGAGCCGGCGUCUCCUGCAGACUCGGCCCCAAACAGCGCCGGCCACACGCCCUUCCAUCCGUCUCCUGAGGACGGCAGCCUCGGCGCCGCAGGCUCCAGUCUGGGCUUCGAGGAUUACCACCAGGCCGGGUCGUGUCGGACCUCGGACCUCAGCUCCUCUCAGGACAAACGCUCCAGCCUCCUCAGCCCCGUCAGGGACUCCUCCCCCACCAUCACCUCCAUGCCCGCCCAGGUGGGCUCCCCCCACUCCACAGAGCUCGACUGCUCCCUCUCUGUCUCCUCGGAGAAGGUCGGCACCAAGCAACGCAUCGCGGACUGCGGCGCCGGCCCGGUUCUUCCCGGCCGGGCCACCCAGAACGGACGCUGUGGAUCCAGGGAGGACGUCCACGAGGUGUCCUCCUCUGAUGUUCCCCACGAUGUGGACCUCUGCCUGGUGUCCCCCUGUGAGUUCCAGCACGCCAGAACCUCACAGAACCACCAAACGGGCCCCGGCACCUCCCCGGACCCGUCGGACCCCUCCCACAACCCAAACAGCAGCAGCCAGGAGACCCCGCCCACGUCCAUCAGCGACGUCCCCCCCAGCACCGAGGACUGCCCCUCCAUCAGCGCCGACCUGGACUCUGACGACGACUCCAGCCUCGUCCUCCCGGGUCUGCUCUCCCCCCACGACCCGCCCCCCCACCCGGUUAAAGACCUGCCCCCCGCCCCGCUCAAAGACCCGCCCCCCCACCCGGUUAAAGACCCGCCCCCCGCCCCGCUCAAAGACCUGCCCCCGCUGCCCCUCCAGCGCGGCGCCUGCAUGACCGACCCCGACAUCGACAAGAGCCCGAAGCCCGGCGCCGCCCGGAAGAAACCGCUGCAGAGAACGGCGUCAGGAAGCAGCCAGGGCGCCAGGUCCAAAGCCAGUUCCACCGGGUCUCUGAAGACCAGCCUCGACCCCAAGCCUUCAUCACGAAGUCUGGCCCCCGGAUCCAAAGGCGGCGCCACCAGACCGCGGUCGACAGGUAGGCCAACGGUUCUUAGCUUCAGUCGGGUCCAGAAACCCCAACGCAUUAAUCUGACCUCAGAGUUCUCAGGUUCCCUAAUUACAGCAACCAGAUUGGAUCUAGAGCGAUUAUUCUGAUAAUUAAUUGGAAUA